GGUGAAUUUCUCAUAGGUUCCUAGCCCCAACUGUUCCCCAUUCGUCUCGUUCGGCGAGAUUAAAUUGAACUUUUUAACAUUUAAUUUAAUCACAAUUGAAAUUGGAACCAUGGCUGUAAACACAGGCACGUCCCUUGUGCUGUCCAGCCUGCUGUCAGUGUUGGUGUUUGCAGGAAUGCAGAUGUUCAGUAAACAGCUGGCCUCCACUGAGUGGUUCACCAUCCUGGGAGGCUUCCUGGGCUCGGUCCUCUUCAUCUGCUCCCUCACCGCGUUUAGUAAUCUGGAAAAUGUGGUUUUUGGGAAGGGAUUUCAAGCCAAGAUUUUCCCAGAAAUUCUGCUGUGCCUGUGUCUGUCCCUGUUUGCAUCUGGACUGGUUCAUCGUGUGUGUGUCACCACAUGCCUCAUCUUCUCCCUCUUCGCCCUCUACUACAUCAACAAGUUAUCAGCCGCCCUCUACCAAGCAGCUGUGCCCGCCGUAGCGCCGGCCAAGGUGGCCACCAAGGGCAAGAGGAAGAACUAACGGAUGGGGGGGACAUGUUCCACUCGCAUGCACAUUUGGACAAAAGCUUUCAUUGGAUUAUGUGAGGCCACAAACAAUAGAGAAAUCCACAUUCCAUUGUCCAGAUUACUGCACCCCAUCCUGUUAUUUGUGUCCACACAAGUCGGUUUUGUAAUUAAACUACAUGAAAACUACUGAACGUGUCUGUGCU